AUGAAGAUAAGAUGGAGUGUGAUAUUGAACAUAGCGCUUGCAACCCUGCAAACUGCGAGCAGAUACAAACGGCAGCACAGUCAACUUGCCAGUAGCAUGGAUACAAAAUCAGAAAUCGACCUUGGCGAAGUCUCUUGCGCUGAACUUUACACCGGAAUUACCUGUUGGUGCAAAAAGAAGCAAGUAGAAGUGAAGAAUUUCAAAUACGUCGUCAUAAGGCGGAAAAUCUUUCGCGAGAAAAAAUACGGUCGAAACUUGAGUUGCCAAGAAUUGGUCAGUAUUCAAAGCGAUAUGAGCAGACUCGGUCGAAGAAAGAAGAUAGAUUCGUGCCCUGAAAAGUCGCGCGCUGACUUCAACACGAAAUUGAAGCAAUUUUUCAUGAGCAGAAGCGGUGCAGCUGACAUCGGCGCCGCCAUUCAACGCCACUUUAUCAAGGUCGACACGAACGGCGAUCAGCUUGUGUCGAGGAAAGAGAUCAAGUCAUUCUUCCAUGAGAUCAAAAAAGAAGCAACAUUCAACUCGCGUGAUCGUGGAUGUUUCUCAAGUUUGAUUUCUCGCUGUGACUUCACAAACGGAGCUUCGAAGAAUAAACUGACUCUGGUCGAAUGGAGCAAAUGCUUCGAUCUGCCUACACAGCACGCGCCAAUUCCUUCAUCGGAUCCAAAGUCAAUCAUCGAUCUUCUCAAGCAAGUCGACGAACCGGUGACCUCAUCUCCAAGCGGAGUCCUCCCGCCAGGAGUGACGCAAAUUGUCACCGAUCGUCGCUCAGGAAGCGCAUCAUCUUCCGCCCGGGUACCAUGUUUUUCUGAGAAAGAGACGAUCGCCAACUGCCAUAAAACUCAGAGGACAUCCUCCAAAGUAUCCGCUCCGAAGUUUACGAAUGGCAAACUGGGGGUUUCUUCUAGUGACCAGCUCUGUCGUCCCCUCCCAUCUUGCAGCAUUUCCGAGCCCCGACUUUGGCGACGAAUUCAGUGCGACGCAGAAAGCAGUCUUUGCUGGUGUGUGGACACAAAAACAGGCGCUGUGGACAACAAUUAUCGAGUCAACACGCGAAAAGGAUCCGCCGGUGGCCUCCGAUGUCGGGACGGUGGAAUUUCUGGCUGUUCUGCGAAUGUUUUUGAAAAUGUUCAGCGAAAAUUGGGCGACUUGAUGGAGGAGCAUUUUCGAUCUCAUCCGGAGACGCAGGUUUCUGUCAUGAUGGAGAAUAAUGAAAUCAUGGCCAAAUAUCGACACAAAGGAGCUUUGCCUGCCGCUUGGUUUUUCAGCGUUCACGACACUUCAACCCGUCGGAAAAGAAAAGAUACUCGUGGAAAAGACAAUGUUUGGCGAAAAUCAGAGCAAAUGACGGUCAGGCUAAAAUUGACGGAAAUCCUGAGAAAUCUCGAAAGCGCGAAAUGCAUCCGACGAUUUAUUUCCUACUGUGAUUCGAUUGGCACUGGUCGGACUGAUCGGAGAAUUGGGAAAACAGAUUUCAUCGAAUGCAUCGAUAAAAAUCACAUCCGCCAUGUUGAUACUCAAAAAGAUUCAUCAACUUACCAACAAUACUUCAACAAACUUCAAGGAAAAUCAAGAUGA